GUAUUUUUAUCCUAAGCAAGAACAAAAAUCCCAAUAUUUAUCAAGGGUUUACUUCAGGCUACUCACAGACAUUUCUCAGGUUAAGAAAUAACGAAAUUGCAUGGAAAACUUUAACCGGAAAGUCUCUCUUGAAGAUCAACAACUCACUAUAAAGAGCUAAAGAAAACCUACAGGGGCUGAAAACGCUCACAGACAAGAAAAAGAAAAGAAAAAUCCAGCGGAGAAACGCAAUUUUUAUUUCAAAGAAGAAAAAAUACAAGAAAUAUCAAAGAAGGUGAGUUGUUGGCGAGAAGCAAAAGUGGAAGAAUAAGGCUAGAGAAACUGAACUAUUCAACGACGAACGUACUUCCUAUUUGUGAUGAACGAGGGAGAAAAUUCAAGAUUGAUGAUGCAGAGAAAAUUAAGUAGUAAACACUACGAAAUGGCUGCCCAACACGAACCAACAGAGAAUCAAAACGACUGCAAAUUUCUCUCGAAUCCCAAGGAAUGUGUCCAAUCUUUUGCCAAGAAAGCUUUGAAGUUUUUCGACAUUUAUUUGUUGUUUUUUGGGAUGAUAUUCAUCAUAGCUCUUGGCGUUCAUUGGACAUCUAGUGGGCUACUCCUCGGGAAGUUCCAAUUUCGCCACAUCUGUAUCGUACUGAUAUUUCUCAUCUUUGGCGUACAACUUAAAUCUGACGACAUUUAUUUGGCUUCAAAAUCCUACAAGGGUUUGAUCUGGAGCAUGGCGGCAAUUCUUUUUGUUACACCAGCUCUUGGGAUACAAAUUACGAAGACCAUUCAUUUCGCAACUUUAUCGGAUGAAAAUAUUACGACUGAGCACUCACUCGUACAGGCCAAUGUCUCGGCAAUAGGACCCACCGAGUUUGCACUUGGUUUACAGAUAUUUUUUGCUGUUCCUUCGUCUUUCACUACGGGAGUUAUUUUGGCUGUCAUCGCAGGUGGUAACCUACCCUUUGGUCUCUCAGUGAUGCUGAUCACAAACACCGUGGGCAUAUUUUCCGUCCCACCAUUUUUAAAGUGGAUGACGUCAAUCGAUAGUGCUGACGUCAGUAUCAAGGGGUUCGCAAUGCUGAUGGGAAUGUUCUUGCUGACUGUUAUAUUACCAGCAAUGGUAGGCAAGGCAAUCCGUGUCAUCCCCAAAGUACCAGACCACAUCGACGCGCAUCCUAGAAUCCUUCGUUACGUCAUCCUCGUUUUGUUCAUCCUAUCAACAUGGCCGAUGGUCAGUAAGGCUCAAGCAGACGACAAAUAUGGCAACAUCGUAGCCAUGAAUACCAUGGCGAUACUCGGAUUCACUACUAUCAUGCACGUGAUCUUCCUUCUCUUGAAUUGGGUUUUCUGUGCUAUUCUCAAUCUGGAGCUGUCAAUCAAGAAGACAGUGGUGAUCCUGGGUAGUCACAAGGCUGUUGCGUUUGCAUUGACUGUUAUCGGGUUUCUACCCGAUUCUGCGGGAUCGCGGGAUCUGAUGGGACUUGCUUGUGUAAUAGCCUACCUCGUGGUUCUGGCUAUUGAUUCGUUGAUCGUUUCGAAGCUGGCGACAGUCGAGGAAGAUCCAAUUGAACAUUUAUUCACCGAGAAGGAGAUUUAUAGAAAGCUGUCCAUGGGAGAAUAAAGAAACGCCUUGGGUACCCUGUGUUCAUACCCAUUACACCCUCCCCUCCCCCACAAAAAACGAAAACAAAAAUAAUAAGAAUGUUCAAGGGAAGGGAGCGAUGAAAGAUUUAACUUUGCAUUUAUUUUGGUCGAAAAUUUAGGGUAAAAUUAUAUUAUUUUUUAAUGAGACACUCGAGCGUCUACUGGGUUAAGACCCGUUUACACUAGCGAUUUUUUUACGAUUUUUUUACGAUUUUUUAACAAUUUUGUCCAUAAUAAAUAAUGGUAAAGAACUUACUUGUAAAGUUUUUUUCAGGAUACCAAGAUUUUCCUAGACGAAUGUUUCUUUUGAAGGAUGAGACAAAAGAUUUCAUAUUUCCGAAAAUUGCCACAAAAAUUUCAGCAAAAAUCGCCAGUGUAAACGGGGCUUUAGGAAUUUAAAACGUUUUAAUCUAGUGUGGGUAAAGCUCCAUAAACCUACUCGCAAGGCAUAAACUGAGAAGCCUACUUCGACGAGUGAUACGGCGUCCAUCUUCCCAGGGUGCGAGACAAAACAAAAAUGACGGAAAAUAUAUAAAGUUUCGCGCAUUUGUCUUUCUUUAUGGGUAAAGGUGAUCGAUGAGCCGUCUUAACUCUAAUUGUUGUAUUCUCUUGUGGUGAGCUGUUAAUAUCGUCAAUGACGACAAAUACUGUAACGAAGCUUUAUUUGCACCCUGGACGCCCCAAAAUGCCUUGGAUCCAAGAUACCCGCCGCAUGGUCGAAGUAGUCUAUCCAAUGUCAGGGCGGACAUACCGUGUGUUAGGGAAACGGAUAAAGAGAAAACAAAUCCUCAACAAAAAUUAUGAAUGAAUAAAAAAUAUUCUCACAGAAUUCUGUACUGCGAUUGACGAAAAUGCGUUUAAAUUUUGGGUAUGUAAUCUAAGGUUUAUAAUAUGAAAUAGCUGUUAUAAAGAGGACACAGCACGCACGCGCACUUUCAGUGACGUCAUUCUUAUCUAAAAUAACGGUUAUUGUAAUUUGUAUUUUAUAAAAGAAUUAUAAAACUUGCAUGCUGUGCUCUGUGCUGUGUGGAGUUAUAAGCACUAGGGGAUUGGCAUAACACACGAGAAGUGUCAGAAGCACUCCGCUACGCGUCAUGCUUCUCCUAACACUUCUCUCGUUUUCUGCCAAUCCCCGCGUGCUUUAUGACUGCACACAGCACGCGCGCGCGUUUUCUAUUUCUUCGAUAAAUUUCUUGUGAUCGCUGCCUUAUUGCUUCGUCGGAGGCAUUUCUUCGGCCGAGAACAUUACGUCACGGACACACAAUGAAAGUUAUCUCGGCGUAAAUAGACCUUUUUAUUCAUACGGAGGCCAUCUUGAAUUAUGCGAUGGCGAGUGGCCAAACAUGUAGAACAUUUAUGAAGCAUAGCGUAGUAGGGGUUAUGUUUUCGAAUAAUCUGGAGUCUUGGUGUUUCGCAUAUUAUUCCAACUACUAGCAAAUUUAAUUGCUUUUAAGAUGUGCUUCUCAUUGAAAAGAGUAAAGUUAUAUGCAAAGAUAGCCAGACAGCUGUGCGGUCUACAAUUUUUUUAAAUAUUCGCCCCAUCGGCAUCCCAUAAUGUCUUAUUUGUAACAAUGUAAUUCAAGAUGGCCGACGUAUCAGUCAAAAUGUAAUUUAUUGACGCAUCAUAAUACAGCCUCCGUCUAUGCAGUUGCAUCCUCUACGAAGCUUAAGGACGCAUCCUAUACUAGACUUAAAAACAUUCCGCUAAUAUCACCAAUCGAAAACAAAAUUUUAUAAUUCAAAUAUUUAAAGCUUUAAGUGAAUAAAAAGUGAUAUGAUAA